UUCUCGACCACCAUCAUCAUGUCCUCCGAGCUCGACCUCAGAAUGCUCAUCGGCCACCAUCCAGACUCUGACGCGCUCAAGGUCUUCUUGGGUGACCUACAGGCCAAAACGGGCGCAUCGGUUUCCCCCGAUGUCAAGGCUUACUCAGACGCGGUUUACUACAACCACUAUGCUCUCGGGAUCAGCCUAAUGUUCGCACCCGAGAAGGGAUACAAUCCUGCUAAAUCCUCCCCUAUAUCCCCUGAAAAGCUGUCCCUCGACUCAAUCGACCUCUACAACGUGCCGAGCUCGUCGCAGCAAACCAACAAAGCGACCUCGUCGCGAACAGCUGAAGUCAAGUUCAGCACGUAUCCCGUCAACCCCUUCACGCUCCAUUUGACGCCGGCCUUGAAGGACAAGGAAGGAACAGAGCUCCAGAGGCCCGCGACUUUCCAAGUGUCGCCAGCCACUACGGGGAAAGGAUUUGUUGCCGCAUUCGGCGAGCCGGACAGGAAGGGCGGUGGGGCGGGACCUACGAAUGGAUCGAUCGGCAUCUGGUGCGAGUGGUCAAGGGACGGCGUGAUGGUCGAGUUUGCUGGUAGUGAGGCCCGCGGUCCUCAGGCUUGGGAACGAGGAAAGGACGCACUCUGGCGCGUCAUCACGAUAUUCGCACCCAAAACAUGACUCAAUGGCACUACAAUUACGAUGCUACCCUCGCAUAUUCAGUAGUCAUAACCAUCUAUACGGUACCAACCACCGUAGUCACUGUCGUACUCGACAUCAUCGAAACAAUUAUGGUACGAUGCUCUGUACCGGAACUGAUCUCCAUGGUCCCUCGAGAACCUGUACGUCUCAGGCUU